AUGGAGAUAUUUCGAACAGUUGAAGAUAAUCCCCCUGAAACACUUCAAACCCUCAUUACAUAUGAAGAAAAGCCUGGUCAAGCGCAACUUUCUUGGUAUACCUCACUGACCGCAUGGGUAAGAACCUCAGGUGGCUUCUUUCUAUGCCAAAAUAUCUCAGAAGUCUUGCCUUCAAGAAAUAUCGCUGAUCUCGAAUUCGAAUACGACGAAGAGGCUGGACUUAACAUCAUAUUUUUCUACAACGCACUCGACAUGAAAACGAGUGGUCCACCGGCGAAAAUGAUGAUUGGUCAGCGUGCUAAUAAUGUGGGAGACUACAAGUCUACGUGCGUGAUUGAUACUGGUGCACCAAAUACGAUCUUGCCAUAUCAUGUUAAAAGGAUACUUGAGAGUAGGGAGUGGAGUACGAUACCAAGAAUAGCUGGGGGCUACGGGGCACCUGCGCAACAAAUUCGUGUGUCUAAGAUAUUUGAGGUGUCUAUUGGAGAUUAUAAUAAUUGGACCAAGCCAGAAUUCUACUCUGGUAAGAAAAACCAGGCAAUCAAGUGGAAUAUGCCCUUGUCGGUUGAGGGUACUAGCUCGUUGAUAAGCACCUCCGCAGAGACCCUUAAAACUGCAAUUGGAAAUAUUAAUCAUACCGUUGGAAAUAUUAACAAUACGUUGAAAUUAUCAGGAAAUCUGAUCGAUAACUCAACGCCUGGAUCAGUAAUUGGACGCAAGCGAACUUGUGAAAAUGAAGAACUACCAUCAACUCCGAAUAAAAUGGGACCAAAUUUACCCCCAAAUAUAUUCUCAAGUUCUACGACUGAGACUGGUGAAAAAUCACCUGACGAGUCUAAUUUGAAAGAGAGAAAUAUGAAAAAAAAUGGCGAAGAGAUCACAGAUGAAGAACAUACAAGAAUGUAUAAUCUUAGAGAACGAAAAGAAAUUAAUUAUGCCGAAAAUUCCGCUUCAGAUAUUUCGGAUCCAUAUCAUGUAAUUAUUCUUACUUUUCCCGCUAUAGAAAAUCAUACAUUCUCAUUAUUUUCGAAAUUCAUCAAGUAUCAAGCAUACGAACGUGAAUGGAUGUUCCGUCCCACAAAUUGGACAAACUGGAAUGCAAAUCCUCUAAUUAUUACCAUACAGGAAACAACAGGAAGUACUUUAUAUGAAAAAAUUGAAAAACUUUUCAAGAUGAGAAACAAAUUAAUUUUAAAGAGGCCAAUAACCGAAAAACCUUACGCAAUAUUCAAGAAUGCAUUCUCCGACGUGAAGUACGAGUGGAUCGAAAAAGAUGUUAAAACAUUAAAGGACGCGAGCGAUAUGUUCUCGAUUAACGUGAAGGGCCCACCCGAAAAGAAACAUACAGUCGGAGAUGCCAAAUAA